AUGUUGAGUGUUGAUAGAGCCGAAGGCACAAUCACAAGCAUUGCACAGCUUAUGCAGCCAAGCCACCCAUGCCACCUCGCUGAUGCAAGAGUUGCAGGGGUUAUGUGCAAAAGAACGGCAUGGCAUCCCAUUGGCGAAGCAAAGCAUCAUCUUCUUAGAGAACUUGAAAAUUUAUAUUGGGACGGAGUUGAGCAUGAGCUGGAGGCCGUACUUCUAGCACUGAAGGCAUGGCAACUUCCUGAGAACAGCGACAUCAAACUUGAAGACGAGUCUGACAGCUCCAUCCAUGUCUUCGGCACAUUUUUCAACAAGGUUAGCAAUGACAGUAAAGCACUCGCGGUGGACGAUACUUGUUUAAAAAAAGAUGCCGGGAAAACUUUUAUACAAGAGCAUUCUAAAUUACUAGCGAAGGCAUUAGGCCAGAAUGCCACAAAACUCAAGCGAGAUAUCAAGACGGGAGCAGAAGCCAUCGCGGCUCUUGAUGUCAACUCUCCAAUUCUCCAACGUAGGGCAAGAUUGCUCUUGCAGGGCCUCGGGCUUCUGGAUAUUGAGAAACUUGUCGAGCAUCGACCUGCCCCAAAUCGUCUCCCGUUUUGAAAACGGCCUGCGAUACCACAACUCAGAUUGGACCAAUGCACUCCAACUGCAUGGUGUUCCUCUCAACCUAUUCCCUGUUGAUAAAGGAGCCGAACACCGCAAAGGAGGCAUUGGCAAGAUCUCAUGUGGCCUACUGAAACUUGGGGACGUGGUAGCAGAAGCGAAAUAUAAUAAUAUGCGAACCGUUAUUACAAAGCCCACAAGGAAAAAAGGUCCAAGAUGGGGCAGCCCAACCUUCUGUGAUGCUCUGCUUCCGCUCUCGACAUUCGCUCCUCUGGUAUCUCCACCUAACUAUGAUGCCAGCCCCCUCUAUGUUAUGAGCUUUGUCACUCGUUCAGCUGGCUAUGCCAGAUCGAAGACAAAAUUCAAAUUUGAAGCUCUAGUCGGAUUAACAGAAGAAUACCUCUUCCAGUUUUAUUUUGGCCUCCACGAUGAUGUUGAUAUAAUUGACACACAGCAAGAAUAUUGGUAUGACUGGGGAUGUUUCGGAACACACCUUUACCUCUACCAAGAUCUAUUUCCCUGGGAUUGCAUAGAGGCCAAUGGCCGACACCCAGCUAACUGCGGUGACUGCAAUUUAUUAAAGCAUUACCCACCUAAGAUAGACCAAAGAACUGUCAGUGAUAGAUACUGGAUCCGAAAUAGAUUGCUCACUCUCUGUGCAAAUGGAAAGCUCUCACAUUCUGCUGUUUCAAUGUGCAAGAACCCAGCGUUUCGUAGAUGCACGGAAUGGCUUCAUACCCAAACAGAUCCGGCUAUGGAUCGGCUUAAACUUGGUGGAAUUCAGCGCGCACAAUCUUUCAGCCGUUAUUAUGACCAGGGCCAAUAUAAAUACUUCUUUGCAGCACCAUGGGCGCACCUGAGCCUGGAUAAUCUAAUAGAGCAGUACGAACUCUCGCGCGAUUACAGGGCAAAUCUCUGUGACGUUGAUGAAGUAGAGGCAGGCUCCAUCGGAAGUGGUGCAGAGGAUGGGAGAAAUUCCAAACUGGUUUACAAAUUUCAAGAUAUCGUUACUUAUAUAUUGAACGAAAGGCUCUAUCCCGUGAAAAUUUUAGUUUCUCGAUAUACAUGGGAUGACAAGAAUCCCGGCACUCACCCCUACACUGUGAGCAAACCCACCACCGUAUACCGCUACGCAGAAGCACUUCCUUACACCCCGCGCAGCACAUGGGCUGUUGGGCCAAGCAGUGAUAAAUCAUAG